UCUCGUCCGCCGCCGCCGUCGCGGGCGUGGCCUCCUUCGUCCCGUUCACCCCUCCCACCAGCCGCCGAGCUCUAUAAAUACCACCCGACUCGUAGCGGCCCGACACCAGUCGUUCAACGUUCGCCGUUCCCUGUACACGUCACACUCUCGACAACGUGUCUCUCGCAGCGAACCAAGAAAGAAGCCCGCAGACCCGAAUAAAAACGUACGUUUUCCGUGUGCGGUCGUGUUCGCCCAGACAUUCUCCCCGAUUUCGUUUUUCGUUCCGUUUUGCUCUAAGCCCGUUCACGUGCUGCUGCGUGCGCGAGCGCUCCACGUAUCGACCGGUACGUUUGGUUUUAUUUUUUUUCGCGCGUCCGAUCCGUAUUCAUCACCAUUCGUCAUCAUGAAAUCCAUACCUUUGUGUCGCAACAACAACAACAACAGCGGUUCGACCGGAGCCGUGGCCGGUGGUCGGGUGAACCGCAACAAGCGCGGUGACCUGGAAGACGAGAAGAUCCAAAAGUAUUUGGCCAAGCUCAAGGACCUAGUGCCACUGAUACCCAAGGACAAGAGGAUCUCCCGGCUGGAGGUAAUCCAUCACGUGAUCGACUACAUAUGCGACCUGGAGGACAUGCUGGAAAACCACAGGUCCGUGAACGCGGACGCCGUCCACUCGGCCGCCGCGGCCGUCAUGCUCUCGUCGUCGGUGGCCGCGGUACGGCAACCGCUUGGCAUCAUAUCCACGCCGAACGCGUUGGCCGCCGCCGCCGUCGCAGUGGCCGCUCAACCGCAAUCGUCCGCCGAACCGACAAUUUCCCCCGCUUCUCGUGCGCAAGACAAACUCUCGAAUUCGUCAGACUCGAGAGUCGUCAGCUGUUAGACGGUACAUAAAAGUUGAUGUGAACGAAUAAAAAAAAAAAUGAAAGAAAAAUUAAACGUUGCUCAUCGCCGCCGUCGUCACUAUCACCACCGUCGUAGCCAUCGCCGCUACCGUUGUCGUCGAGUUACCGAGGAAAAUCCAUUGUAAAUCCUUUUGAAUACAUUAUGCAGACAUUCCAACUGAUUCACAACUCUCGGGAUUAACUCGGUUUUAAUUUUCGUAUCGUGUAGAAGCGCGUUUUUUUUUUUUCUGUACAGUUUAGGUUAAAGUCCUAAUUGUUAUUAUUAUUAUUAUUAUUAUUAUUAUUUUUUUUUUUUUUUUUGUUAUGACUGUGAUCCUAUCGAUGUAUAGCCUAGGUUUUAGUAUUUAUUUAGACGUUUAGCUUUAGUACGGGAAAAAUCUUUAUUUAUGUGACCCAAUCAACAAAUCGAAUGGGUGGAUUUCAGCCCGAGUCCUAGAAAUAUGACGUAGUCCGCUUUAUUAUAAAAAAAAAAAAAACAUUUAUGUUAUCUAUACAAGAUAAUACACGGGGAGAGA